GAUAGAUCGCGAGUAGAGUCCGAAAAAAGAACACUAGAACAGAACAAAUGUGAUGUGGGGUUUUCAGUAAAUUUUCAAACGUUGCGCAUUACGCAAACACACGGUGAACAGGGGAAUUAGCUUGUACGUCGAAGAUCAGUGGAAGAUUAGCAUAAACAUAAAUGUCCUCAUCGCUGACAUCCUGUGCCCUGUGCCAGGCGAGAGCCUCGCAGCUAUGUGCCGCCUGCCGGAGCGUGGUCUACUGCAGUCGGGAGCACCAGAAGGAGCACUGGAAGCAGGGCCACAAGCGCGAGUGCAAGUGCUUUGAGGUGGCCACCAACGAGACACUGGGCCGGCAUCUGCGCGCCACAAGGGACGUCAAGAUUGGCGAGGAGAUACUGAAGGAGGCUCCCCUUGUGCUGGGUCCCAAGGUGGCCUCGGCGCCUAUCUGCCUGGGCUGUCAUCGGAAUCUGCUGGCCCCGGCAAAGCCACGCAGCAACUACUACAAAUGCAGCUCCUGCAGCUGGCCCCUGUGCGGCAAAGAGUGCGAGGAGUCGCCCCACCAUCGAGCAGAAUGCCAGCUCAUGUCCGGCAGCCACUUUCAGUCGAAGAUCAACUACCAGCCCGGCGAGGAGGAGCGCAAGGAGUCCGCCUACUGUGUGAUUAUGCUGCUGCGCUGCAUGCAGCUGAAGGCAAGCGAUCCCGAGGGCUUUGCCCGCCUCUCCGCCCUGGAAGAUCACCUGCAGGAGCGCCUGGCGACGCCGCUGUAUCAAGUGCUGCGUGCCAAUCUCAUAACGUUCAUCAAAACCAUUUUGGGCAUGCGCGAUUGGUCGGAGGUGGACAUCCUUCGCAUUGCCGCCAUUCUGGACACCAACACCUUCGAGCUGCGACAGCCCCGCGAGCGUCGAAAGGUAAGAGCUCUCUUUCCUGGUGCGGCCAUGAUCUCGCACGACUGUGCGCCCAAUAUGCGGCAUCGUUUCGACGACGACAUGAACAUUCGAUUCCUGGCCAAGCGCCCCAUUGCCAAGGGCGAAAUCCUGAGCAUUUCCUACACUCAGCCCCUAAGGAGCACCAUCCAGCGGCGUCUGCAUCUGCGGCAGGCCAAGUGCUUCGAUUGUGCGUGUGCCAGGUGCCAGGAUCCCACGGAGUUGGGCAGCUUUGCGGGUGCACAGACCUGCGUCAAGUGCAAGGCGGGAAAGAUAAUCUCGGUAAAUCCGCUCCUGAACACAGCCAACUGGAAGUGCCAGCUGUGCAACUUGAAGCGUUCCGCCAAGGAAGUGCUGCUCUCCGAUGCCCAGCUGCAGAAGGAGAUUGAGGCGCUGGACAAGACAAGCCCCACGGAUUUUGAGGAUUUCAUCUACCGCCAUCGGGUGGAUCUCCAUGAGACCAACACCCAUGUCCUGCAGGCCAAAUAUGCGCUCACUCAGCUGUACGGAAAUGCGCCAGGACUCGCCAUGGAUGAACUCAGUGAGGAGUCGCUCAAUCGCAAGGUGGAGCUGUGUGAGGAGCUCCUAAAAUUGGCCAACAUUUUUGAUGGCGGCUGGAGCAUCUUUCGCGGCAAUUUGCUAAUAGACCUGGAGGAGGCGCUCGUGGCACAGGCCUUGCGAUCGGAGGAACUACUGGAAUGCGAAGAGAAACUCAAACGGGCAUCAGAGCUGCUGGCGGAGAUCGGGAAUAUUAUGCAACAUGAACCGGAAAUGCAGCAGCUGCUGGCAGAGCGUCAAGCAAUCCUAGACAGAGCCCUAGAGCGAUUUGAAGAGGUCAAUCAAAUCGAAUAGCUCUGAAAAAAAAUGUGCCAAAUAAACUUUAUACAAUUGUUUCU